AUGGCGGUCGCCAGUUCUUCGUCAUCAGAACUAUCAUCUCCGCUCGCUUCUGACGAUGAAAUCUAUGGCUUCGAGUCCCAAAAUCGCCCACGGACGAAGAAGAUGCCGUCACCACAGCCGAGAGAGGAGGAUGUGAUCGUUGUCGCUUCUAGGAUUGAAUCCGAAGAGCCGCAGGAUCACGACACGAUAACGGUGGCGAAUACCAGAAUCUCGCCAGCAGUCUCGGUCAAGGCUGCCACCCCGCCACCGCUCGAGGUGACCGCUGUCAAUGGCAAGGAAUCACCUCUACCUGCCCAAGUCACGUCGGACAUCCAGCCGGCAGAAAUCGAGGCUUCUGUGUCGUCGAUUGAUGUAGCUGAGACACCAUCUUCUUCUUGUGCUUCUUCCCGGCCCAAGAGGAAAAGGGAAAGCAAGGUCCAGCCCUCCGCUGAGGCUACGGCGCCGUCGCCGGCUGCCAAGAAAGGUCUUACCCCGGCCGCAAAGCGCCGCAAGAAGCAAUGGGAACCGCCUUUUGUUUACACCAGUCCCAAUUCUCCACUGGUGAAGAAAAACAUUGACUUGAGGGCAAUGCUGUGCAACCCACUAGCUUGGGAUGGCCUCUCGCCCGCCCAGCAACAGUCCCUGAUCCCGCUGUUCCCUCCCGGCUUCGUCCUCGACGAGGGCACGCCGCAGGCGCGGCCAAACACCCAGGCCAUGCUGAACAGCGACGACUUCAGGCACGACUGCGCCCAGUAUCUGACCAACAUACGCCUGGGCCGGCACGAGCCCGAGUGGAUCCUGCAGGCGCAGGAGGCGCACCUAAAGCGCAAAAAUGGCGACUUUGACGACUUUCUAAGGAAGAAGUUUCGGGACGACUGGGGCGCAGAGCCGCCAGAGGGAUACCCGGAGCCGGAGAGGGUUGUGGCGCUACAGGCGCGCGAGAAGGAUGAGGAAGAAGAGCACAAGACGGAGAAGAUGACGGGGAAGACUGGGGAGAUAGAAAAUGGUGUGGGUGAGGACUCGGGAAGGAAUUCCGAGGCAGAAGUGGCGGACAAGCCGCUCAGACUGCCACCCCAGGAGACCAGACAGCAACAGGAGGAGAAAAAAAACCUCGACCAGAAACUCGAGCAGCCACACUGCCGCAGCACUACUGAAGUUGUUGGUACAUGA